UCUGUCUAAGCGUUAUGAAUUAAAGGACAAUGCAUAUUGAGCAUCUAUCAAACUGCCUAGUCUAUGGAAAGAUCUUGUUAAAGGAUGGAGCUGCAAAGGUGACCUGCAUGGCUUGGUCCCAGAACAAUGCCAAGUUUGCGGUCUGCACAGUGGACCGAGUGGUGUCGCUAUACGAUGACAUGGGGAGCGGAGAGAGAAAGGCUCCACCAAACCAGCUAAACUUGAAGUAUGGCAGGAAGAGCUAUAUGGUGAAGGGCAUGGCUUUUUCUCCCGAUUCCACUAAAAUUGCCAUAGGACAGACCGACAGCAUCAUCUAUGUGUACAAGAUUGGUGAAGAUUGGGGUGACAAGAAAGUCAUCUGUAAGAAAUUCAUCCAGACGAGUGCUGUCACCUGUCUGCAGUGGCCAGCAGAGCGGCACAUCAUUGUUUUUGGACUGGCAGAAGGGAAGGAUGGAGCUGCAAAGAUGACCUGCAUGCCUUGGUCCUAGAACAAUGCCAAGUUUGCGGUCUGCACAGUGGACCGAAUAGUGGUGCUAUAUGAUGAACAGGGGGAGCGGAGAGAUAAAUUCUCCACCAAACCAGCUGACAUGAAGUUCCUCUGGGAAAGGAAUUCUCUCUGGUCAUGCAGAUGGCACCAUUGUUAGGUAUUUCUUCGAAGAUGAAGGCUCUGGAGAGUCAAGGGUAGGACUAAAGGAUGCUGUGAGAUGGGGGUAAAGAAAUCCAAGAUCCCUCCUAGGGGAGGUUGAACAUUAAGAUUGAGGUGGUUGGCGGGGGGCACAUUUAGAUGCAUUCACAGAGAAGAUUUUUAUUUGGGAGGCCAUAGCUUAAUAUUUGUGGGCAAUGAGGAAUCGAGGGGAUAGGAUUCUGAGAGUAAGGGAAAGCGAAAAUUAUUAUCUAUGUAAAAAGUGUAUUUAUAUGUAUAAAUCAUUUUAAAAAGUCAUUCUCAAAGAGAGAAAAGGGAAAGGGUGGGGGAUAAAAGGAAUGUUUAUGUUUUACUUUAUGUAAUUCUCUAUUGUUUGAAUAACUUUCCUUAAGAAUUACUCUUAGAGGGGUGCCUGGCUGGCUCAGUUGGUGGAUCAUGUGACUCUUGAUCUCAGGGUUGUGAGUUUGAGUACCAUAUUAGGUGUAGAGAUGCCUUAAAUAACUAAAAUUAAAAAAAAAAAAAAAAAAGAAAGAAAGAAAGAAAGAAAGUAACCCCUUUCUGCCUGGAUGACUUUCUCCAAACUAGGAAAAAUCCGGCCUUAGCCUACAGCACUCUCCUCCUGAAACUAGAGAAUCUCUUCUUCCCUUUUGACUCCAACCUAAAAAUAUGACAUUAAAGGCAGGAAAGAGAAAUUCGUACUUUAUUGGAAGCCAAAAGAGUUUAAAAAAAAGAAUUACUCAUGUAAUAAUUAAAUUUAUUUCUUCUGUAAGAAAGAGUUGUAUGCUCCAUGCGGACCUACCCAGUGUUAGAUAAUGUAGGAUAUGUCCCUUUGGGGGCCUUGUAGGUGUUUACUAAAGAACUCAACAUGCAAGCCUUUUGAGGUUUCCUCUUGCGGACAAUGUCAGACGUGUGUGUGUAUGUGAUACAUACGUGUGUAAGAGUAUAAAACCUAAAGACAGUUUGUGAAGUUCUCUAGAUUAGGAUGUGUUUGGGUGGGAAAAUGUUGGAAGAUUUAUACAGGGUAUAAAUUUUUCCUAGAAAGGAAGAACCUCUGGCUGAGGCUGUCAGAGUCAGAGCGAUUGGAACCCUUUACUUCUGUCUUAGGGGAAGUCGGUUAGCCACCCAUGCCCGCCCUAUGCCUUGGCUUGGGCAACCAACAGCAUCGUGGCUGCAGGCUGUGAUCGCAGAAUUGUAGCCUAUGGAAAGGAAGGCCACGUGCUACAAACUUUUGAUUACAGCCGUGACCCUCAGGAGCGGGAGUUCACCACCGCUGCUGCAAGCCCUGGGGGCCAGUCUGUUGUGUUGGGAAGUUAUGACAGGUGGGUCCCUUUCCAUGUGCAUCUUCUGCCUACUUUCCCUGUGUACACCUUGCUCUAGCCCACUUAUUUUCAACCAGAGUGGGAGAACGGUUGGAAAGCAAGUGUAGGUUGAAAGAGAUCCUCAGGUUUUAAUUCACUCACUUCCCUUUUCCUGCUCCCACCAUCUGUUGGGACUCUGGCAGUUCCACAGUACACCAGGAUUUUGUGUCUCUGUGCCUCUGCCUGGGACUCCACAGUGGAAUUCCUCUCCACUCUCUUUGUAUUACCGUUGCCUCUUUUCAGACCACUGGCUCAGUGUUUGUCUCAUGAUAUUACACUUUGGUGUUUAUAGUUCAGUGACUAAACUGAAAUGCCCAUGAGAAGAGGGCCUAUUCGUUUUGGGGUUUUUUUUUUGAAAUCUCCAGUGGCUAAAUUAGCAUCCAGUACAUAAUGUAUGCUUAAGUGUUUGGUGAAGGAAGGAAGGAAGGAAGGGAUGGAUGAUGGAAGGGUGA